CAGCACAGGGACAACUUGACGGCAACAACGCGCCGUUCAUUCAUUAUUACACCAGCAGGCACGCUUCAUGGAGCCACCGGGACACGGAGUUGCUCCACUUUCCUCCGCCUGUUUCUGAACUUUUCGCGGCCGCGGCACCAUGGCCCCGCUGUGGACGGACACCGGCGCUUCGGUACGGCAUGCAAAUACGUACUCUGACGUCGGCGAUCAUGUGGCUUUUGGCGUAGAUCCUCCUUGCGAUCGCCAAUUUUCUCUUUCCUGUCGCCUGUUGUCUGCUCGGCUAUUGGACCGCCGCGAGAGUGUUUAGAAAAAAACAAAACAGAUCGGGCUCGGUUCUUCGUCCACGCCAGUCGCCCCGGGCUCGCACCGCACCACCUGAGCAUCGCGCCAAAACGGUGGGCAGGCAGUAUCCUGUCAUGCAGUUCCAGGAGUUCGACCAGCUCUGGAGCUGACACUGUCAGCGAGCCCAGCCUACACAACACUACAGCAGCCCCAUCUCUACCAGACCUUCACCUUCCACUGCCCUCCUCUCUCUUCAGCCACUAAUCCUACCCCAGGGGAGGAAGACUGUUUUUCAGACUCCUGGGCUUCUCACUUCCAUCUCAGAAACGGUCCGGUGCUCGCUCAGAGAGCCCAGGCCUGUAUCUGGGUUCCAGCACGAGCCAGUCCUCCUGGCUGUUCUUCGGUACCUUAGACCGUUUAUCCAACCACGACUCUGUGACAGUAGUCUUACACCCUGGGCACCUUUUUAUAUCACCGCUGGCCGAGCACAGGCAGCAAGUGAGGGCAGCUGUCCACCCAGACGAAUCCAAGACCACCCAUCAUCAUGUCAAGUCGACGGAAGGCCUCCACGCCCUGUAUGAUCCGGCCCGACCAGACCAUGGUGGAGCUGGAUGAUGACACAGAGGACUCACAUGUCACUGAGACACUGACCGAAAACCAUACCGAGGAAGCACCUAUGGAAACGGACAUUUUGGCAGAGACAGAGCCUCCUGUGGAACUGGACCCUCCCACCGCUCCAGACAAACCAGCUGCCGACCCUCCAGACCUUUCCAAGCCUCAGCGUAGGCAGCAGGGCGGAUACGAGUGUAAAUACUGCCCCUUCUCCACACAGAACCUCAACACUUUCAAGGAACACGUGGACGCCAACCACCCCAACGUCAUCCUCAACCCCUUAUACCUGUGCGCCGUCUGCAAUUUCAACACAAAGAAGUUCGACAACUUGACGGAACACAACGAGAGGUGUCACCCGGGCGAGAGCAACUUUAAGUUCAAGCGCAUCAAAAUGAACAAUCAGACAAUCUUGGAGCAGACAAUAGAGGGCUUCAGUAACAGUGCAGUCAUUUACAACACUUCCAGCACCAUUUCUGGCAAAGGGGACGAACUAGGCACGCUGCCACUCAGCAAACCCACCACAGUUAAGAUUGGUAAACCAAAAGUAAUGUUGUCGGAUAAUAAACGGACAGAGUUGGGUAAACUGGCCCCAGAUCUGGCCAAGAAACCGAUCACCGCGCUCAAUGUGAACGGGACAGUCAUCAUCCCGGAGUCGACUCUACUAAAAGCAGACGGCCUUUCUCACAUCAUGCCUUCCCUACAGCGGCCUCUGAACUACACCCAGGUGCCGAAGAUCGCAGUGCCCCUCAACACAACCAAAUACAACCCUUCGCUGGAUGACAACCUGACGCUCAUCUCUUCCUUCAACAAGUUCCCCUACCCGACACAAGCCGAGCUCUCCUGGCUCACCGCGGCCUCAAAACAUCCAGAGGAGCAAAUCAAAGUCUGGUUCACCACACAGAGGCUCAAACAGGGCAUUAGCUGGUCUCCUGAGGAGGUGGAGGAAGCCAGGAAGAAAAUGUUCAACGGGACAAUCUCCUCUGUGCCUCAGACCUUCGUGGUAGCUCCUCAGCUCAACUCCCAGUCAUCCACCAACCUGUCUGCCUCCACUGCAGCAUCCAAAAGUCUGCAGCAGGCAGCCUCGGUCCUGCAGUCCCUCCCCUGCCAGCUCCUGGGACAGACCAGCCUGGUGCUCACUCCUGUAGCGAACGGCUCCACCGUCACUUGUGCACCGAUCGCUCUCACCAUGACUAACCAGGUGGCCCAGUCGCUCAAACGGCCUCUGGCUUCCCCCGUGAUCGCAACGGAGAGCAAACGACCCUCCAUCAUCCAAACGAUCUCGGCACCCAUGGCAACAUCCAAGCUGGUGUCACCCAAACUGCUGAGUUUUACCGUUGACCCCAAUAAGACAGCUGAGCAGCUGUCAGUGCUAAGGUCCAGCUACACACAGUGUCCUUUCCCUGAGGAAGAUGAGAUCUACAGACUGAUAGAGACCACCGGGCUCUCCAGAGGAGAGAUAAAGAAGUGGUUCAGUGAACAGAGGCUCCUUAAUCUCAAAGGUGUUCCUCAACCUCCAGUUCUGGUGAAAGCAGAGCUGACAUCGGCACCCAAAGAUGGUCCUGUGAAGAAAGCGGUGCCCACCCAGUUUCCUCUGCUGGAGAGGGUGAAGGGGAAGUCAUCAGAGCAGCUGAAGGCGCUGGAGGAAAGUUUCCAGAGGAGUAGCUCUCCAACAGAGGCACAUCUAGACCAGCUGGCCCAGGAGACCAAGCUGUCCAAGACGGAAGUGGACUGCUGGUUUUCAGAGCGCCGGGGGCUGAGGGACAAUAUGGAGAAGGCUUUGCUCACCAUGGCUUCAAAGAGCACGGAGGACAGGGUGGAGCGGCCGGGAGCACUUCUCAACGGGGCCUCGCAUCACCGGGAGCAGGACGGGAAAUCUCUACACUCUUCCCCUCAUCCUCCUAUCCUCUCUUCUUCCUCCUCCUCCUCAUCCCCUCCUGUGCUUGCGGCGUCCUCCCCCCAUCCGCCAACCCUCUCCGCUUCAGCGUCGCCUCCCAUCCUCACAUCGUCCUCCUCCUCUUCUCCCCAUCCUCCCAUCCUGUCAGCCUCCACGAGCCCGGCCCCCAUCAGCAGCCGCUCCCUCGGCCUGCUCAGAGAGAUGUUCUGUCGGACUCAAUGGCCAUCUCCUGAGGAGUACAGCCAGCUGGAGGUCCAGACAAGCCUGGGACGCACAGACAUUGUGCGUUGGUUCAAGGACCAUCGCUCGGCCCUGAAGAACGGUGAAACUCUGGACUGGAUGGAAAACCAAAACCUUGCAGAGCAGCAGAAAGCGGGCCAGGAGCAGAACGGCCAGAGCUCUGAGAAAAACCAGAGUGUUUCCUUAGAAGUCAAGGCUGUGACAGCCGUUGCUGCAGUGGAUGAGACCGCAGAGAACGCAGCCGCUGUAACAGAGCACUCCAAGCUGUCCGACCAAGACAAAGUCCAGUGGUUGACUGACAGAUUAGCCCACAGUGUGACGGACUUGAGCCGGACCAGACCGGACCAGACCGGCUCUGGUACUGCUGACAAAGGGAGGUGGGUAAAGGUGACUGUGGCAGUGGGGGAGGAGAGUGAGGAAGCAGUGGAAAGACAAAGGCUGGCAACAGACACUGAAGUGCUGACCUUGGAGCAACCUGGGAGGGUCACUGGUUGAUGGUCGAGUAAAUCCAUGACUGCUGAGUCACCGACCGUAAGGCAACGACUCAUGAUGACCAAACUUGGAGCGAGUGAUGUAACUGUCUGCCUGUGAUGUCAUCACUAAGCGCCGGGUACUGACUUUGUUGUUCCACAGUUGAAGCACUGAUGUGUGGAGCAGAUGCUGACAUUAAGAGGAGUGCCAAAGCUGGACUUGAUGCAUUGUUCUUACUACUACUACACUUUUUUUUUUUUUAAAGAAGCACCCAUGUAAAUAUUUUUCUGUAUUACAAAAAGUUUGUACAGUUUUACCGGGAAGGCGAGUUUUGUUACAUUUUUAAAAAAGUCUGACACUUGCCCCAAAACUUGGAAUGUUUCUUUUGUUGUUGUUUUAAGCUCAAAGUGUAUGAUAGUCUGUUAUUUGCUGAAAAUCAGCCCUAUUUUUUUGAAAAUCAUACCUGCGCACUACUCAUUAUGAGUAGCCUUUGAUGGCACUUGCUUAUAGUGGUAGCGAUAGAUAUCCAACGCUAAGGCCACUUCAUUUCUGGAACUGUUGGAAACGGUAACUUUUCCUUUUUUUUUUCUCCUGCUGCAUCACCUUGACUCACCCUCACAGAACUACACUGAAGGUGUUUGAGGGGCAGUUAGAAGGAGCAAUCUGAACACAGAUCAUCCUCACUGCUGGGAGGAGAGAGUAAACACAAACAAACCUGAAAAACCGCAUUAGGGCGACGGAAUGAAUAAAUGCACUGUACGGCCCAGCUUCCAGCAUCUUUUCUAAUCAGCUGGUUCUUGCAUCAGCACCUGAGGCAUGUUUAAACGGCACAGAAUGUUCCUUUUUCCUGAUAUAGAAUUGAUUAAUGACAGAGAAGAGAGUGGAGUGUCUGUGUGCACCACGCUGCCUUUUCAGCUCUCUUCAUCUGACAUUUGCUGUCUGGGUACAGUACAGACCAGCGAAGACAACUUCAGCAUUUCACUUCUUUGUUUGAAAAACUUGAAAUAUUCUUGACUGAACUUGCCACGAACAGUUUGGCGAAAGUGUUCUCACGCAUGACAAAAUAACUCGAGGUCCUUUAGUUGAGUCGUUUCCAAUAUCCACUUUUGAUCAGCUGUGAUCUGUGAGCACAUCUGUCUUCUCUCCAGGCUUUCUGUCCUUCUACAUAAAGCCGGACUGGGUUUAGUUGAUUUCUGUACAGUCAGUUCAGAACACCUGAAACACAUCUCAGUCACAGAAAUGAAUGAUCAAGCCUGUGCUGUGCAACACGAGCUGCUUGCAUGUGCUUCAGAAUUUCAAUUUCUCACGACUGAUUUUCCAACAAUGAUUUAAAGGGAUAUCUGUGAUUGUUGGUGCAAACUGCAACAAAACAGUUAAGUUGAACCGUCAUAUUAAACUGGUUGAAUGGCAGGCGUGUGGCUGUUUGCUGGCUGAAUGUCUGUCGCUUCUGCUGCUGCUUUAGUUUCAUGUUCGGAUGAGUAUCUGGGAUACUGUACAUUUGGUUGGCUAGGAUGGAAAACCGCUUGCAUUUUCAUUUUCUACUUUUAAGUCUGCUGUAACUCAAUAAAUGCACAACCAACCGUAAAACCAGA